GGUGCUUCCCUACGUGCCAGCGCCUGCCGACACGGUAAAACACAGCCAGUGCUGGGAAACAUGGACAAGGAGCACUGAGAAUUGAUGGUGCGCAGUUCCGUGGUGCGGUGUCUUGCUGAGCACCGUACGCCUGAGGUGUGACCCGAGCUCCUCCAUCACGGCGGUGACCCGCCAGGCCGCACCGCCGGGUCUCCGCUCGCCGCCUCCCUCCCUCCCGGGGGCGGCCCUGCGCGGAGCACGGGCCCUCCCCGGAGACCCCCGGCUCCGGGUGAUGCGGCGGGGCCGCGCCCGGCGCAGAGAGGGGUUAACACCAGCGAGCGGAGCCGAGCGGAGCCGAGCGGAGGGCGCCGCGCCGCCCCUCGCACAGCGGCCCCGCAGCGCCGCCGCCCGGCCCCGCUGCCGUCCCCCGCCUCCCCUCGGCCCGCCACUGCUUCAUCCCCGGCCUCGGCCCCGGCCCGCCGCCGCGCACAUGGCCCUGGAUCUGCAGUCCCUGAUGGCUUAAGCCUCCUGGAUGGCAUGAAGAGAAACAGCUUUAUGGGCAGAAGCAGCUAAACACUGAGACAACAGAGAGUUUGCUCACCAGCCCUGAGUGUUGUAAACAAAACUUUGGGAAUCAGUACAACCAGUGCGGUGGUGUCUUCCAAAAUCUGCAGAUCACCAAACCUGAGGGGUUUAUCCUGCUGCAUUCACCUCAUAUUCUGACCUUCCACACGUAAGAGGAUGAUGUUAACUCUGUAAGCAGUGCCAUCCAGCUAAUCGUCUUACUUCACACUCCAGCAUCCAUUUCUGAGCAGGUGACAGGACCAUGAGCGACACACAGAAGGGCAAGCUUCAUCAGGGAAGUCCUGUGAGAGCUGAACUGCAUCUGUUCCCCCCCCGAGUGCUCAAAGGAGAUACCCUCCAGGACGCCGUUCAAAGACAUGGCUGCAAGCAGGAGCUGGAGAUAGAAAGCGAGGUAGAGACAUCUUACGGAGAGAGGCGGGCAAUGGUAACUCCCUGUGGGAUGGAAGUCUGGAAGCACGACAACAGUGGUAGAGCCCGCAUCAGCAAGGUUAUCCUUGCUGGUGACAAGCCAGACCAAACCAUGUGUGGGAAUGGUGCCAUUUGGAUUCAGCAGGUGGGAGAGAAAACCUAUGAGUGUCCUGAGUGUGGGAAGAGCUUCAGCCGGAGCUCGUACCUAAACCAGCACCAGAGGAUCCACCUGGCAGAGAAACCCUUUAGCUGCUCUGAAUGUGGGAAGAGUUUCACCCGCAACUCGGACCUGAUCAAACACCAGCGGAUCCACACUGGCGAGAAGCCCUACCAGUGCAGUGAGUGUGAGAAGACCUUCAGCCAGAGGUCCAAUGUGAUCAGGCACCAGCGGACCCACACGGGAGAGAGACACUACCAGUGCAACGAGUGUGGGAAGAGCUUCAGCCAGAACUCACACCUCAUUGUCCACCAGCGGAGCCACAAGGGUGAGAAACCCUUUAAUUGCCCCCGGUGUGAGAAAAGCUUCAGCGACCGCUCCUCCCUGAUCAUACAUCGGAGAGUCCACACUGGGGAGAAGCCCCACAAGUGCCAGGAAUGUGGGAAGCGUUUCCGGGACAGCUCGGCCAUCAUUCGGCAUCAGAGGAUCCACACAGGAGAGAAACCAUACGAGUGCACCGAGUGUGGGAAAGCCUUCCGGCAGAGCUCCUCUCUGGUGACCCACAUGCGAACGCACACGGGUGAGAAGCCCUACAAGUGCCCUGUGUGUGGGAAGGGCUUUAGCCAGAGCUCGGCGCUCACCACUCAUCGCCGGGUCCAUGGUGGGACAGCCUUGCCCAUAUACCAUGGUAGCCUCCUGCCCAACCCUUACCAGUGCGCUGAGUGCGGCCGGAGGUGCAGCGACCACUCCACCCUGGCCAAGCACCAGAGCACGCACACCGAGGAACGGCCCUACAUCUGCGUGGAGUGCGGGGACAGCUUCCGGCGGAGCUCGGCUCUCAACGUGCACCUGAGGAUCCACCGCGGGGAGAGACCAUACAAGUGCGAGGAGUGCGGAAAAGCGUUCAGGCACAGCUCAGCCCUCGGUGCCCACCUGAGGAUCCAUGCAGGAGCCAAGCCCUACGAGUGCGGCGAGUGUGGGAAAAGGUUCCGGAAAAGCUCAACGCUUAAAGUGCAUUUGAAGAUCCACGCAGCCAAGACACCUUAUAAAUGUAUGCUGGGUAGGAGAAUGCUCACUUCCACCUCAUUUCUGCCAUAGGGCUGGAGUGGAUGUUCGGAGCGGGAAACAAAAGCAGUGAUUGGGGGUACCUGAAAAAGGUGGGUGAUGAGAACUAUGGUGGGAAGAGACUGACUGGAGACACAGUAACUGGUGCCAGGGCUGGGUGCUUACCCCAGCAGCACAAAAACCAUUAGGAGGUCUGGAAGCAAGGAGUCAGUCCUAAGAGCCAGGCGCUGGUGGUUUAGGGAGAGUGCAGAGAGCCUGAGGAACGGGCACCAGCUUCUGCGUAAAUGGGGGCUGUGAAUAUGCGGUAGAAUCAGGGAGAAUCAGACUCGUAAAAUAACUUUACAACUAAGGUGAAGAUCAAAAUACAAAGUUCCAGCUUGGUUUUGACUCAAAACUUUAGCUUCUUAGACACUGUGGUGGUCUUAGGAACUUUCUUUUUAUUACCUUCCCUUAUUUUUCAUGAAUAUAGUAAGUUAACCCAGUGUUUGACAAGGCAUUUCCAAAUCUUUUGAGUCUGAGACUUUGGAGCUGAACUUCAAUCUGUUUGUCUUUUCUAACUCUUUUCCAAAUCUUACACAGGACAAUGAAUUCCUACCUCCGCACGCAAGCCUGAGUAACACAAAACUGUCGUGGCUUUCCCCACAAAACAGGGAUGUGCAAGCAUUUCCAGUUGGAAUGCUGCCCUUUACUGGUCUGUGGCAGCUUCUCCUAAAUUUGUCCUUGGUGGUUUUGAGCACCUUCCAACUUGUGGUAUCAACAAAACAUGGGCAAAAGUGUGGCCUUACCUUAUUUAACCAAAAGAAAUAUCGACCACCACCCCCCUGUGUCCUAGUCUGAACUGGCACACGAUGAGCUCCUACUGGUAGUCCAGAGACUGUUUGCAGUUUUAUAGUCUUUUCUAUGAUACUCUUCUUUAGCUCACUACUGUUGGUAAAGUAUUAACAUACAAAGUUCAGCGUUAUGAGUUAGGAAUUACUACAUUUGCAUUUGUUACUAUGCUAAUGGCUGUGUAUUAUAUAAACCUCCUCUAUAUUGCUAUGUUUUAUUACUAGCUACAUGUUUCCAUCCUAAAUAAAACCUUUUUUUCCCUCUC